AGGAUUUGAUUGGCAAGACCUGCAUGGAGUAGUCACUUUGGCAUAACCAGACUCUCAUAGUAAAUAUGGGAUUUUAAUCAGGCAGUAAACUGAACAGCUAUAGUAAAGUGUGUGAGGACAGGAGAGGACACGGGAGCUGAAGAGGUGGUAGUGGAAAGGAGAUAUAAGCUGUGAUAAAGCGUUAGUUAUGUCAAGGCUAAUGUGUAUCCUGAGGACGAGCAGCUCAUGGCCCUGCAACCGUCUGUUGAGGCUGAGCAGUCUGCUGCUGCGUCCGCUAUCCAAGAACCACUCGUCUAAAGAGACGUCACAGCCCCACUGGCUCUCGCCUGCAGACCGGGAUCAGCAGGUGAUGGACCUCAGGUCUACAGGAUGGGUGCAGGUGCAGGACCGCGAUGCCAUCUUCAAAGAGCUUCACUUUAAAACCUUUAAUCAGGCAUUUGGCUUCAUGUCACGAGUGGCUCUGCAGGCAGAGAAGAUGAACCAUCACCCAGAAUGGUUCAAUGUUUACAAUAAGGUCCAAAUCACGCUGACUACACACGACUGUGGAGGACUGUCAAAACGGGACUUCAAAAUGGCCAAGUUUAUUGACAAAAUUGCAGUUUCAAUGUAAUGUUUUUGUCUUAAAUCAGAUAGUUUCCCUUGUUUCUCUGCCAUUAGUCACAACUCUGCUCCGUCAAAGAUGUAUUCCUAAUAACAGUUAUGAAAUACCGUCUCCUAUGGAUCAAUAGACCUCUGGGUUGGGCUUGCAUAAAAUCUGUGAAAGAUAUUCUAUUUAGAGUUUUGCAUUUUGUUUGCAGCCUAUUUUGUUACAAGCUUUCUGUAAGAAUACAACUUGGAUUUUGUGAAACAGUGUUGUCUGUUAUUCGACUCUUGAAUAAGAUGAUAUUUUAAAGGCUUUGGAGAAAAGUCCCAAACGGAUUCUGGCAGAUUAAAUUUCGUUGUGUGUGUGUCACUGCAUGGUU